AGUAAAUGCUUAGCCACAGGGGGUGAGGCAAGGACAGCAAGGUCCCAGAACCUUUGCCCUUAGCCAGAGAACCACUCAAGAAAGGAAGGCAGGAACCUUGUCCAGACAUGAUAUGCUUCUCUGCUAAAGGUGUUCUCUGCCCUUUGUUCUCUUAGCGUGAGUGCAUCUCAGUCCACGUGGGUCAGGCCGGAGUGCAGAUUGGCAAUGCUUGCUGGGAACUCUACUGCUUGGAGCAUGGGAUCCAACCAGAUGGGCAGAUGCCCAGUGACAAGACCAUUGGGGGAGGGGAUGACUCCUUCAACACUUUCUUCAGUGAAACUGGGGCUGGAAAACAUGUGCCCCGUGCAGUGUUUGUAGACCUGGAGCCCACCGUGAUUGAUGAGGUUCGGACGGGCACGUACCGUCAGCUCUUCCAUCCAGAGCAGCUCAUCACCGGCAAGGAAGAUGCUGCCAAUAACUAUGCCCGAGGCCACUACACCAUUGGAAAGGAGCUCAUCGACCUGGUGCUGGACCGAAUUCGGAAGCUGGCUGACCAGUGCACAGGGCUCCAGGGAUUCCUCAUCUUUCACAGCUUUGGAGGGGGUACUGGCUCUGGCUUCACCUCGCUGCUGAUGGAGCGGCUCUCUGUUGACUAUGGCAAGAAGUCCAAGCUGGAGUUCUCCAUCUACCCGGCCCCUCAGGUGUCCACAGCUGUGGUCGAGCCCUACAACUCCAUCCUGACCACCCACACCACCCUGGAGCACUCAGACUGUGCCUUCAUGGUGGACAACGAGGCCAUCUAUGACAUCUGCCGCCGCAACCUGGAUAUCGAGCGCCCAACCUACACCAACCUCAACCGCCUCAUCGGCCAAAUCGUCUCCUCCAUCACAGCUUCCCUGCGUUUCGAUGGGGCUCUCAAUGUGGACCUGACAGAGUUCCAGACCAACCUGGUCCCCUACCCUCGCAUUCACUUCCCCCUGGCCACCUAUGCACCAGUCAUCUCUGCAGAGAAGGCCUACCAUGAGCAGCUGUCGGUGGCAGAGAUCACCAAUGCCUGCUUUGAGCCUGCCAACCAGAUGGUGAAGUGUGACCCCCGUCAUGGCAAGUACAUGGCCUGCUGUCUGUUGUACCGUGGAGACGUGGUGCCCAAGGAUGUCAAUGCCGCCAUCGCUACCAUCAAGACCAAGCGCACUAUCCAGUUUGUAGACUGGUGUCCAACAGGCUUCAAGGUUGGUAUCAACUACCAGCCACCCACUGUGGUGCCCGGGGGUGACCUGGCCAAGGUGCAGCGCGCCGUGUGUAUGUUGAGCAACACGACUGCCAUCGCCGAGGCCUGGGCCCGUCUGGACCACAAGUUCGACCUGAUGUAUGCCAAGAGGGCAUUCGUGCACUGGUAUGUGGGCGAGGGCAUGGAAGAGGGUGAGUUCUCUGAGGCCCGAGAGGAUAUGGCUGCCCUGGAGAAGGAUUAUGAAGAGGUGGGCAUGGAUAGUGUGGAGGGGGAGGGAGAAGAAGAGGAAGGAGAUGAAUACUAGGGGAAUCCUACAUGUCUAUCCUAAAUAAAUCGCUGUGGCUUUAUUGUCUCAUACGAGUCUUUUUUUCUUGAAAAAAAACCAUGGGUUGGGGAGGUUUCUUCUACAUGAGGGAUAGGAAGGUCUAGCUUGGGUUCUCCAGAAAGCGGAUUUGAGGCAAAGGCAUAUGUGUUAUUUCAUCAAGGAGUACAAUUCCAGGGAGCAGAGUGGCAGAUGUGGGGGGUAAAGCAGGGAAGAAGGGAGGCUGUGCCCUAGAGAAGAGUCAGCCGAGUACACGGCAUCUCAGAACCAUCCCUUGGGGGAGUGGGUAGGUGAGGCAGUGAAGGUGGGGGAAUGUAUGCCCUUCCUUUGUUCCUCCAUUGGUUAACCUCCACCCCACCCAGGGGUAACUCGCCUGCAUUGUGGCUUGCACACUCCUGGGCUGCAGCAUCAACAGGGAAGGUCUGCGACAAGAGGCAAGGCCUGUUAAGUGGUACAUGUAUGAAGUUGGUCUGAGCCCACAAAAAGCUGCAACAAUGGACUGGUGAGACCAGGCGGAUGCAUUGGAGAACUCUGAUGUAGCUGGUGCUCACUAGCCCCCCACCCUCAGACCCUGGGGGUUUGUCUUCUCCAGGCAGGAGAUUGGGUAUAGGGAGCCCAGAAGCUGGCAUUAAGGCAGAACAGUGGCAGGAACAAAGGCAGAAUGGCUGUGGGGACUUACCUCCCACUAAUCUCCAUUAACACUCACCAUUUUUUGAUAAAGAUAAUUGACAUGUUUUUAAUCCUGGGCCGUAUCCUAUGCAAGCACAGCUUCAAGCCUCCUCUUCUCACCAGGUGUGUGCCCCCCAAAUCGUUUCACAUGCCACUUCCGUAGCCCCUGUUACAGGCAGUUUAACCAUUGGAAGUGCUGGAACUAGGGGAAUUCCCGUAGCUCUCAGCCCAGGAGAGAUUAAUUUCUCACUGUUGCCCUCAUCCCUGUCCUUCCUGC